GGGCAUCACAUGCAUGCUUGAACUUGUUUAUCCGGCUCAAAAUGCUGUGUUUCUUGGUAGACAUAUAACUAGGCUGUGACAGUUUUGUUUUUAUUAUUUUUGAGUGUGGAUCAAAGUGAUGUUUGAAGUUGUCUUAUUUUGUUUUGUAGGAAAUUUGGGGAGCUCCCUCAGCCAAAGCGUUUAACAAGGGAGGCAAUGCGCAACUACUUGAAGGAAAGAGGAGAUCAGACAGUACUCAUACUGCAUGCAAAAGUCGCACAGAAAUCAUACGGCAAUGAAAAAAGAUUCUUCUGUCCUCCACCAUGUGUUUACCUGAUGGGUUGUGGCUGGAAGAAAAAGAAGGAGCAGAUGGAGAGAGAGGGCUGCUCGGAGCAGGAGUCUCAGCCUUGUGCCUUUAUCGGCAUUGGAAACAGUGAACAAGAAAUGCAGCAGCUCAACUUGGAGGGCAAGAAUUUUUGCACAGCAAAAACAUUAUACAUUUCUGACUCGGACAAACGGAAGCACUUCAUGCUGUCAGUGAAAAUGUUCUACGGGAAUAGCGCGGAUAUCGGUGUCUUCCUCAGCAAACGAAUCAAGGUCAUCUCCAAACCUUCCAAAAAGAAACAGUCGCUGAAGAAUGCAGACCUAUGCAUAGCUUCUGGGACGAAGGUGGCUCUUUUUAACCGCUUGCGGUCCCAGACUGUCAGUACUCGGUACCUUCAUGUGGAAGGGGGAAACUUCCAUGCUAGUUCACAACAGUGGGGAGCCUUCUAUAUUCAUCUAUUGGAUGAUGAUGAGUCAGAGGGUGAAGAGUUUACAGUCAGAGAUGGUUAUAUCCAUUACGGUCAGACGGUGAAGCUGGUGUGCUCCGUGACAGGCAUGGCUCUACCCCGACUGAUCAUUCGUAAAGUGGACAAGCAGACAGCGCUAAUGGACGCCGAUGAUCCUGUGUCCCAACUACAUAAAUGUGCCUUCUACCUUAAAGAUACAGAGAGGAUGUAUCUCUGCCUGUCACAAGAGAGGAUAAUUCAGUUCCAGGCCACACCCUGUCCCAAAGAAACUAACAAAGAAAUGGUCAACGAUGGGGCGUCGUGGACAAUCAUCAGCACAGACAAAGCAGAGUACACUUUCUAUGAGGGGAUGGGCCCUGUACCUUCACCUGUCACACCCGUGCCUGUUGUUGAAAGUUUACAGCUGAAUGGAGGAGGAGACGUUGCCAUGCUGGAACUCACAGGACAGAACUUCACGCCUAACCUAAGAGUCUGGUUUGGAGAUGUAGAGGCAGACACAAUGUACAGGUGUGGCGAAAGUGUGCUCUGCGUGGUUCCCGAUAUUUCUGCGUUCCGUGAGGGGUGGCGUUGGGUUCGGCAGCCAGUGCAGGUUCCUGUGACUUUGGUCCGUAAUGAUGGCAUCAUCUACUCCACAGCUUUGACUUUUACCUACACGCCAGAGCCGGGACCACGUCCUCACUGCAGUGCCGCGGGAGCCAUACUGCGGGCCAACAGCAACUCCUCCACCUCACCAUCUUCAUCCUCCAGCCUACUGCUGCAGUCAGCCAUCGACAGCCAGGCAGGAUACGCAGCAACAGGGAGCGUGUCUUCAUCUUCCUCUUCCUCUGCUAUGUCUGUCUCCUAACCUGGGAAUCUCAGUGUGUGUUUGCAUGUGUGAGUAUGUGAGCCUUUGUGAGAGAUGGUGAUUGAUGUCUUGUGAGACAUAGAUUCAUGGGAUACGGAUCACAAAAAUGGAUAAUGGUGCCACAGAGAGAGAAGAAAAGAGAGAUAAGACUUCACACAAAGACUGGACAGAACAAAUGAAGAUGUCUCUUUUCUACUCUCUCUUUGUUGCGGUUCUUUUUCAGUCUGUUUCCUCACGUCGGGGGAAGUGGCUAAAGAAGUGAUGUGUGCCGUGGAUCAAGAUGCCACAGGAUCAACGCAUUAGCCUUCCAUAAAAACAAUCAAAAAACAACAACGAAAAACACUUUAUUUUCAAAUCCAAGCCUUUUCUAUGUGCAAGCUGGAAGUGGCUUUGAGUGAUGUUGUUUUCUACUAAAGGGCUUAAUGCACUGUUUCGCCAGGCUUGGAAGAAAAGUUAUCAUAGUAAUAUAGUUUUUACGGACCAAGGAAUAUUAUUAUUAUUAUUAUUUUUAUUGAUAUAUAAUUUUAUAAGCUUUAGCUAAGGUACAUUUUUCACCUUUUUCAGUUUUAUAACAUAUAGUAAACUUUUGUUACCAAAUAGUUUUGUAUAUUUCUUGUGAGCGUUUGGGCUCAGAAGGAAAAGGUUCAUGCAUUUUAAAAGCCUGAACUUAUAGCUGCCUUUACUCGUCUUGGCAAAUGCCUUAAGUCAUCUGGAGUUUCACCAGACCCUUUCUGUUUUGUAAUUAUAUUUUAUGUCAUGUA